GGCGAGGAAACACCCGCCUUAUAAAAAGCUCCCGUCUGGUCAGUCAGCUUCACGCUGCUGCUGUUUGAUGUUCACAGAGCCCCAGGAUGUUUGCUCUUCCUGCCUGGGCUGGACCUUAACCAGGUGAGAGUUCGUAGGUGAUAAGGUAGCACAAAGUCCUGCCAGGUACAACAAGCGCGCGGCUUCUUGUCCACAUCCCACUCAGGACCACCGCUCCUUCUCAGGUUGUCAAUCAGUGGAGCAUCAUGAGGGUAGAGUCCAGUCGGCAGCGUCAGCCCGGCUGCUCCAAGCUGAAGCUCUUCUUGGCUGCAAUGUCCUUCGUUUACUUCUCCAAGGCCUUUGGAGGCGCCUACAUGAAGAGUUCUAUCACACAGAUAGAGAGACGAUUCGACAUCCCCAGCUCCCUCAUCGGGGUCAUCGACGGCAGCUUUGAAAUGGGCAACCUUCUGGUCAUAGCCUUUGUCAGCUACUUCGGUGCCAAGCUCCAUCGCCCCAGACUGAUCGCUAUGGGCUGUUUGGUCAUGGCUGCCGGAUGUCUCCUCAUCUCGCUGCCUCACUUCCUGCAGGGCCUGUAUAAAUACGAAAGUAGUGUGACGCACGGUGGUGACGUGAACAGCACCGAGAGUAUCCUGCCCUGUUUGUCCAACCACACGGUGCAGGAUGAGGAGGAUCUAGCAGCCAUUGCAGGUCCACCUACACUGGAGGAGGAUCUAGCAGCCAUUGCAGAUUGUGAAAAAGCAGCGGGUUCGUCCAUGUGGGUCUAUGUGUUCCUGGGAAACAUGCUGCGUGGGAUUGGAGAGACCCCCAUUAUGCCUCUGGGGGUUUCCUACCUGGAUGACUUCUCCAGAGAAGAGAACACUGCUUUCUAUUUGGCCUGCAUCCACACGGUGGGAAUCCUGGGGCCCAUGUUUGGCUACAUGAUGGGGUCCUAUCUGGCCAAGAUCUAUGUGGACGUUGGCUUUGUGGAUUUAGACCGUGUGACCAUCAACUACAAGGACUCCCGCUGGGUGGGGGCCUGGUGGCUGGGCUUCAUUGUGACCGCCACUAUUAUCUUGCUCUCCAGCAUCCCCUUCUGGUUCCUGCCCAAGUCUCUUCCCAAGCAGGGGAAGGGGAAGAGGGACCGAGGCGCGGAGUCUGAUCCAGGGACAGAGCAGGGUCAUUUCCUCCCGGAGAUCAAGCAAGAGAAGGAGACUCCAGUUACCUUACAGGAGCUGGCAAAAGACUUUCUGCCGUCUCUGAAGAGACUCUUCAGGAACAGCAUCUACACCCUGAUGAUCCUCACCUACCUGGUUUCCGUCAACGGCUUCAUGGGCAUGAUCACCUUCAAGCCAAAGUUCUUGGAGCAGAUCUACGGCCAGGCCUCCUCCAGGGCCAUUUUCCUCAUAGGUGUACUCAACCUGCCAGCAGUGGCGGUGGGCAUCAUCACUGGAGGCUUCGUGCUGAAGCGCUUUAAGUUAGGUGUGGUCGGAGCAGCCAGGAUGGCGCUGGGGACUUCUAUCGCCUCCUUUUGCUUGCUGGUGGUUCAAGUCUUCCUUCGCUGUGACAAUGCCGAGGUGGCCGGCCUCACCGUGACUUACCAAGGAAUCCCUGAAGUGUCCUACGAUGCGCAGACCUUGUUGUCCCAAUGCAACACGGGCUGCUCCUGCUCCAUGAAGCAGUGGGACCCCGUGUGCGCCUACAACGGCAUGACCUACGCCUCACCCUGCCUGGCCGGGUGUCACACCUCCACCGGCACGGGCAAGGAGAUGUCAUUCCACAACUGUUCCUGUGUCAGCGCCAUCCUGAGUCCAGACCUGAACAUGAGUCCAGACCUGAACACGUCCACGGUGUUGGGCCAGUGCCCCAGGAAGAGCGACUGUGAGCGGACCUUCCAUAUCUACAUGGCAAUAUCCGUGGUGGGCUCCUUCAUCUCCGCCUGCGGGGGCACGCCGGGAUACAUCGUGCUGCUCAGGUCCAUUCAAAAAGACUUGAAGGCCCUGGCUUUAGGAAUGCAGACGCUGAUCGUGAGAACUCUCGGUGGGAUCCCUCCUCCUAUUUAUUUUGGAGCCCUGAUCGACCGCACGUGUUUGAAGUGGGGCACCAAGCAGUGCGGAGGCCGCGGCGCGUGUCGACUCUACGACGCUGAUGCCUUCAGGUGGACGUUCAUGGGCUUGAUCAGCGCCUUGUACUUCCUGGCCAACGCCAUGUGGGUGGGACUCUACCGCAAAAUAGUCCAGCGCCAGAAGAAGCUGGCCUUGCGAGAGCAGGCCCAGAAGAAUGUGGCGGCCCAGAAGAAUGUGGCGGAGGCUAAAGGAGUGAACGGACACGCUAGCAUCAACAUGUGCCAAAAGAAGGAGGACGCAGACCAGGAGAGCACCAUUUAGAGGCCACGCCCACUUCCUGUCCGCUAUACUUCAACUAUUACGCAAUCACCUAGCAGGACUUUCUUGCAUGUUUCCUUCUCUUUCUUUCUUUUCUCUCCCAUCCCUCUUUUUCUUUCUUUUCUCUCCCAUCCUUCUUUUUCUUUCUUUUCUCUCCCAUCCUUCUUUUUCUUUCUUUUCUCUCCCAUCCUUCUUUUUCUUUCUUUUCUUUCCCAUCCCUCUUUUUCUUUCUUUUCUCUCCCAUCCUUCUUUUUCUUUCUUUUCUCUCCCAUCCUUCUUUUUCUUUCUUUUCUUUCCCAUCCUUCUUUUUCUUUCUUUUCUCUCCCAUCCUUCUUUUUCUUUCUUUUCUUUCCCAUCCUUCUUUUUCUUUCUUUUCUCUCCCAUCCUUCUUUUUCUUUCUUUUUCUUUCUUUUCUCUCCCAUCCUUCUUUUUCUUUCUUUUCUCUCCCAUCCUUCUUUUUCUUUCUUUUCUUUCCCAUCCUUCAUUUUCUUUCUUUUGUCUCCCAUCUCUCUUUUUCUUUCCUUUGUCUCCUAUCCUUCUUUUUCUUUCUUUUCUCUCCCAUCCUUCUUUUUCUUUCUUUUCUUUCCCAUCCUUCUUUUUCUUUCUUUUCUCUCCAAUCCUUCUUUUUCUUUCUUUUCUCUC